UCCAGUAGCACCCCAGGCGGCUGCUGCAAAAACAGAAAAAGGGACAGCCAGUUAAAAAGGAUUAAAGUAGAAAAAAAAAUCUAGCUAACUUUCAGCUUUCCUAGAUUGCUAGUGCAUUUUAUAUUUAUAUUUUUAUUAAAAGGACUUUUGUGUUGAAAACAAAAAGAGAGGGAGUGAGCGAAAAUGAUGAGUCUGCUAUGCAUCACAAUUAUCUCCCUGACCCUGGCUGGCAGCGCAUACUGUGAAAUGACGACCCCCUACUCACAAGUAUUGGUCAAGGCUGAGCUAGGUGGUAACGUCACCUUGCCCUGCAGGCACAUCCCGACAGACGACUUCUUCGAAAACAUGAGCAUGCGAGUCAAAUGGAUGAAAGUGGCAAAUGACGACAGCCUGAAUAAGGAUGUGAUAAUGUCUAUGGGAUUCCACGAGAGGACAUAUGCAAGCUUUGAGAAUCGUGUCUUUUUGCCAAAAUCCGACAUUAACGAUGCCUCAUUAUUAAUGACUGAAAUCUCCAUGGAUGAUGUGGGAAAAUACAGAUGUGAGAUUAUCACUGGGGAGGAAGACACUGUGCAGGAAAUCAUCUUAGAAGUGGACCAUGGUGUUGCUGAUGGUGUUGUAUUCCCAUACUCUCCCCUUAUUGGCCGCUACAACCUGAAUUUUGACAAUGCAGUCAAGGCCUGUGAGAGUCAGGAUGCUGUGGUUGCUUCCUUUGAGCAGCUAUACAAGGCCUGGAAGGGCGGCCUGGACUGGUGCAACGCUGGCUGGCUGAAUGACGGUACAGUGCAGUAUCCCAUCACCAAACCCAGAGAGCCUUGUGGUGGCUCCAACAGCAAGCCUGGUCUCAGAAGUUACGGACGCCAAGACAAGAAAAUAAGCCGCUUUGAUGUGUUCUGCUAUGUUUCCGAACUCAAAGGUCAGUUCUAUUGGCUGGUCCAGCCUGACAGGCUGAACUUUGAUGAGGCUGUGCAGGCGUGCUUAGACGAUGGUGGAGAGAUUGCCAAAGUGGGCCAGAUGUACGGCGCCUGGAAGCUUGGUGGCUACGAUCGCUGCGAUGCUGGCUGGUUGGCCGAUGGAAGUGUUCGUUACCCCAUUUCCAGACCCCGCAAGCACUGCAGCCCCAAUGAAGCUGCAGUUCGUUUUGUUGGAUUCCCAAACAAAAACCUGAAGUCUUAUGGUGUCUACUGCUUCAAGGCUGAUGAGUGAGGAGGUUGAAUGUCAAAGGGAAACCAUAACUACCAAAGAGCAGCCACAACCUCGGCCAAUAGAAUCAACAAUGAAGCAGAUAAGCUUCGCAUAUUAACUAGCAUGAACUCAAUACAUUUCUGAAGCUGUGAUAACACUAAAAUACAUUCUUUACAUCUUGCAUCCGUAUGCAAUAAAAAAAAAUAUUUGUAGCCAUUAAGUUUUUUUUUUGUUUGUUUUGUUUUUGUUUUUUUUUCUAGCAGUGCAUCCUUUAAUCUGACUGUUGCAUAAAGAACAACAGUGUUAAAGUUUGAUUGGUGUGAAUGAGAAAAAAACUUCAGCUUAGAGGUCAACUUGAUCUAUGUUUUGUUUGUCUUCCACAGAAAGAUUAGAUGUGUGAAGUUCAGGAUCAUAAGCAACUGGACACAGUGCAGAAGACAGUGCUGCUUUAAAAUGUGUCUUGAGCAAUGUGUUUUAUUUUUUAUGAAGUAUUACAUCAACGAAAAACCAAAUUGAUUACAAUGUGACGAAAAGAGCUUGGCUACAACUGAUGAGUUGACAUAUACAUAAAAAAAAACUGUCAUCAGUUGGAUGGAUCAUUAGAGAUUUAGCUCUUUAUUAUUUUUAUUUUAAUCUAGAUAUGAAACAUGAACAAACUGACUGCAAAGUGAAAUCAAUGAAAAUGUCUUGGUCUGUGACCAAAUCUGUGUUGAAAGCUCAUUUUAACUCCCAGCUCCCUCUUGUGAUCUGAAAGAUAUUUUACUGUUAGGACUUUAUGCCGUGUGUUUAUAAGUUCUAACAAAAGGUUUUUACUUUUUAAUGACAAUAUACUUAUAGAUUUUUACAUGUUUAUAAAGUUCUAAAGUAAAGUAAAACAAAAAGCGUAGUUUUUGGGCUCAUUCAAGCAGGAUUUUGGCCAGAUACUGAACACAAGAUAAGUAUAUCUAUUAUUUCCCACAUGUAUACAAGAAAUUUAUGUUAAUUUAGCAGAAAUUACAGUACAAAUAAAACUAUCAACUGCAGGAAUGGAAAAAUAAUCUGUCUACUGGGUUGGUUUUCUGUGGUCUCUUGUACGUCUAAAAGGAAUAAUUGAUAGUCAUGCUGUGGUGACUGAUUCGGAAGAUUUACCUGUGGACCAGAAUGAGCAUAUUGUUGAGUACGGAGUUGGUAAUGUAGAGUUAUGCCACAAGCAGUAGAUAAUACAAUUUAUAAUAUUUGGUUAUAAAAAUCCUUUUAAAAUUUGUGUUUUUGCUACUUUAUUUCGUUUCACUUUUCUAACCCAGCCCACUGACAUAUGGUACUUACUGCAGAUGUGUAUUUGUACACACAUGUGCAUGAAAAUGAUAAAGGUAUUUUUGUUUCUUAUUACUAUGUACCUUUUCAACAACACGGUUUUGAAAAUAAAGAUACAAGUUUUAAAAUAUUUUUUCUAAGUGUUCCUUUUCAAUACUAAAUCAUUAUUUAUUAUAACGAGGUGGGAAAGUUCAAGCUGUGAUCUUAACAGUUUUGUUUAUACUGCCAUGAAUCUGGUGAAGCCAUAAACAGAACAUCUCGGCAGUGUAGGUUUUAAUGAUUGGACCCCGAUAAUUUAUUAGUCCUUUGCCAUUUCUCUGUUUAUCCCCAGAUGGCCAGCCCACCAGCCUUCUACUUCACAAGACAAAGGGGAUAUUUUUUUACUUGUAUACUUGUAAAUACUAUUUUCUUUUCGUGGA